CUUUGAGGCAACAAUGUUGUGCCGUGAUGCUAUCAACAAGUUUAACCCGUUAUUCUAAAACGGUCUAUGCAAGUACUUUAAAGUGUAAGCAAAGGUUAAAAUAGCCUGCUAGCUAACGUAAACUGUGGACGUAAUGGCGCGCUCACUGACAUCCAGUGCUUCGUCCAGAUUACAACAUUCUUCUGUUGAAGAGGAGAAGGAUGACACGGCCUACCUUGCUGCAUUGACAGCUCAAAGAAAUGCCAACGCUUUCUUUGAGAAGUACGACAAGGGUGAAGUUCAGGAGUUGCUGAGCCUGACCUCUUGUAACUGGUUUCUGAGUGGUGAUGACUUCACUCAGCCAGUUGAAAUGCCGCCGGGUAUAAUCAAACAAAUGAGGAACUUCACUAACUCAAACUGUAUCAUUCUCGCACCUGUGGAUGUGCGAGUCCCUCUUGAUUACAAGGUGGUCCAUCAAAUAGUCAGAGAGCUCACAGUUGGCAUCUAUUGUUUCAACCAAGUGCCAUGUAUAAGUCUUGAACCCAACUUUGACCAGAGCACCUCGUGCCAACUGUCUCCAGCAUAUUAUGAUACGAAAGUAGGACAAAUUUUGGUUAAUGUUGACUACACCAUCAAGGCUCUUUGGCAUGGAGCCAAUAUUCCUAGAGAAAAUCGCAUUCGCUUCUCUGAACUCUGGAGAAGCAGCAUGGGUGUCGACUCAAAUGGAGUGCCCCAGACAAAGAAAGAUGUGUUUGCAGAGUUUCUCACUGCAGGUCUUCAGGACAUCUCAGAGGAGCCCUGUUACCAGGGCAUAUACAACAUGGAAGUCAAUGUGGAUCCUACCUACGACCCCAACAGUGCAGAGGAGGAGAGGCUUUUUUCCCAACACCAGGAGAGCAUCCUGCUUAAGCUGACAUCCUACCUGUCCUCUGUCCGACAGCACGGCAACCUGUUUGUGUUCGAGGGCGCCCACAGUCUGGCCAGUGUGGUGAGGCUGACUGAGGAAAGGCUGGAGCUGGCCACCUAUCAGAGGCUGCAGCAGAGGCUGGGUCUACAAGCAGGCCUGGUUAGGGGCUGCUUGGAGAGGAAGGCAGAGGUGUGCAGAGACCUGGCUUACCUGCGCCUCCUCACUUUCCUGGUGCCCUUCCUGGUAGGGCUAAAGAAGAGGAUGAAGAUCCCAGACCUGGCGCAGAUGCUUCCGGCUUACUCAGAUGAUAAACUGAAGACAGAGAGGGAAUUACCACCAUUGCUCAUUGGACCUGCGUUCGCCUGUAAACAUUUUCCGUACAAGUCUGAUGAGUAUUUUCACCUUCACGGUGGGAUUGAAGUUGACAUCGGAACCCCUCAGCUAGAGGAAGUCUCUGAGGAAACAAAGGAAACCUUUGCUGCACUGCAGAGUCUUGCAGUGGAUCACCUAAGAGAUCUGCUAAGUCAGGACACCACCUACAAAGAGCACUUCCCCGUACCAGUCCACAAGGUCAACGGCAAUAACUAUCAUGCGAUCUCCAUUGAGGUGGGCUCAUUCUACCCUCAGCCUAACGUGGUUCCAUGGUGGGAGGCCCUCAACACUGCCAUCAAAACCCUGAGAGGGAAGAGAUUGCCUCUCUCUGACGUCCAGCUGCAUGAGCAGUUCAAGAAGACAUUUGGCUACAAAAAGGCCAUCAAUUGCAAGAGUGUGCCAUUUGGCCUGCGUGCUGCGGCAGAGCGUGGCCUAUCCGCUGUGUUCUACUCGCUGUGCCGUCGGAACUCUCCAUCUCACCUGGGAGUCCUGGACGAGCAGGGCUACUCCCUGCUGCACCACGCCGCCAAACACAACCACACUCACAUCAUCUGCCAGCUGGCCACCACCGGGGUCAACCUCAACCAGAAAAGCAGUGGCAGGUUCAGCCGCACAGUGAAAUCUGGAGGUGGCGGUGGGCCCCCAAAAGAAGGAGCUGGCUCUACUCCCAUGCACCUGGCUGCUCAGUGUGGUUCCCUGGAGGCCAUCAGCUGCCUGCUGGCUCUGCAGGCCGACCACCGGCUAGUGGACCGCAGGGGCUGGAUGGCUGUGCACUUUGCUGCCUACUACGGCCAGGUGGCCUGCAUACAGGCCCUUUGCAGGAAAGACCCAGAGCUGGUGGAGAUGCAAACCACUGCCGAGUACCGCAGCUGCCCGUUGCUCCUGACGGCCAAGUCUGGCUCCGUGGAGGCCCUGGACUACAUGCUGUCCGCGGGAGCCAACUGGAGGAGGAGGGACAGCAAGGGCAACGACGUCGUGCAGCUGGCCGCCCUCUACUUCCACCCCAAAGUCCUCAGGCACCUCAUCUCGCUGGGCCUGCCGGACCUGCCUGUCUGGAAGAUCCUCGUGGAGAUGCUGCACAGCGAGGACCACCGCAGGCUGGAGAUGGCCAUCCGCUGCCUGGAAGCUCUGUGUGUCACGGCCAAGUCCUUCUGGAGGGAUAUCAUGGAUGCAGGAGGGAUCCCGGCCCUGUUGGAGCUAAUGCGCAGCACGAGACCAGCGCUACAACGUAUGGCUGCCGCCGUGGUGUGUCACAUCUCGGAGAGGACACCCGUGUGUGAGGCCCUGGUGCGCUAUGGUGCCGUGCCGGUUCUGGUCAAUCUGCUGGGCAGCCAGCAGGCCGAGCUCCACUCCCGCUGUGCCCUCAUACUGGCAGACCUGGCAGGGCACAGUGACCAGUACCAGUCCCUCAUAGCCCAGCAGGGUGGAGUGGCCCCGUUGGUGAGGCUCCUGGGCUCGGACCUACAUGAUGUGCUGGUGAACACUGUGCGGUGCAUCAAGGCGCUGUGUGUCCGUAGCCCCGGCAAUCAGACGGCCGUGGCUUUGGCUGGGGGGAUUCCACAACUUGUGGAGCUCUUGACUGUCAGAUCAGAAGUGUUGCAAGAGGAGGUGUGUGCGGCUCUGGCUGAGCUGGCUAAGGGACACCGGGAGAACCAGGACACCAUCUGUGGAGUGGGCGCCGUGGCCCCGUUGGUGCUCAUACUGCGGGGGAGGAAGAUAGCCGCGCAGGUGACAGCAGCCAGAGCCCUGGAGGCCAUCGCUGAUCACAACCCUGCCAUUCAGGCCCGCUUUCUGAAGAAGUCGGCCGCCAAGCACCUCCUACGACUCUUAAAGGUGUUCCAGGUGGAGGCGAGGGAGCAGGGGGCCGUCUCUCUAUGGGCCCUGGCAGGACACACUCUGAAGCAACAGAGACUCAUGGCAGAGCACAUCGGCUACCACUUCAUCCUCGAGCUCAUCCUCUCCUCCUCCGACAGGAUGCAAUAUGUCGGCUGCCAGGCAGUUAUAGCACUGAGCAGGGACAGUCGGAGCCACCAGGACGGGCUGUGUAAAGAAAAUGGGGUGCCCCCGCUGGUUCGUCUACUACGGGGGUCCCGGACCACAGAGAGUACCCUCCUCAGCGUUAUACGAUCCCUGGGCAUCCUGUGUAUUGGAGGGGCACACACCAAUAACCCAAACAGCCAGAGGGUCAUAGCUGAGGAGCAAGCCAUUCCAACUCUGUUAGAACUUGUGAAGCACCAAGAAUCACUGCAGGUCAAGGUCCAAGUGGCUCAAACGCUGGCCUGUGUGCUUCUGGGAAACCAGGACCUACAAACAACCUUCUGGGAAAAAGAGGAGUUUACCUACGAAACAGUUCUAGAGUUGCUGCGAGUGCCAGAUCAGCAGGACAUCUGCCUGGAGGCUGGUUAUGCCCUGUCUCUGUUUGCCUACAACAACACCACCCAGCAGGCAGCCAUCCUGCAGAAUGGUGGCAUUCCCAUAGCCAUGUACGAGCCCUUCUUGAACUCCAGGAAUGAGAUGGAGAGGGCCAAAGCUGCUUUUCAGAUAGUUGUGCUGGCCAAAGUGAUCACAGACACAGACCAGGUGACUCUGUCUGCCAGAGGGGUGACUGUCCUUGUAGACCUUCUGCAGUCCACUAAUCCCAACACUGUGGUCCUGACAGCUCAGUUGCUAGCCAGUCUGGCUCACACCCGGGCAGGUAUUCCUGAUGCUAUUGUCACCAUGGGAGCUGUUGGUCACCUAUGUGCUCACCUGUAUUCUGAGGAGGAAGAGGUGCGAACGGCAUCUUCAAGUGCCCUCGGCUACCUCACCUUUAACCGUCACGCACAUCGCCUCUUGUUGGUGGAAUGUCGAAACACUCCAUCUAUGUACAACCUUUUGACCCAGCAUCUCAUCGAGGAUGCCAAGAUCUCACACAUUUUUACUGCGGAGUUCGAAAGGCAGAAAAUAGUGGGGCUGCCAUCACUAAGUUUGGAGAUAAAUGGUGGCCCACCUGUUCCUCAGCGCAACAAAAAAGUCGCAAUCGUCUUUGUCGCCUCUACCUACGGCAGGUUUAUCCAAAAAGACAAGCCGCACUCCUGGCCUGUCAGUGUCUGCAGGCCACUUUGGGAGGACCAGCUCGGCUCCAGUUCUCCAGCUUCAACCCCAGAGGAGCAGGACAGCCAACCCCAAGGUUAGGCUGCAGGGAGAGGGGCCAACCCAUAGCUCCCAGCCCACCCUGGAGUCACUGAGGCUGGAUAAGGACAGCCAGUGGCCCCGGCAAAAGCAGUGACCCUGGA